AUGGUGAUCAAGUCAACAAACGCUACUACUGAAACAUCUGAUGUAUCCACUAUGGAGUCUCUAGAUGUGCUUCCGCCCAAGCCGAAGACUCCCAUUUCUCAUCUUUUCUCGUUCUGCACGCCAAAGAAGCAACCUAUGGAGGAUGAGGACGAUGUCAGUGAUGAGACUGAUGAGACUGAUGAGAUUACUGGUCGUUCACUCACUUUCGAGCCAGAACAUUUAGAGGAGAGUAUAGUCAAAAAGGAAGAGGAGGCAAGGGAAGCCACACUUUUCGACGGGGGACUACUUUUUCAAAUUGGAGUUGUCAGUGCAGUAUUAGCGUUCGAGACGCUGGUUUAA